AUACAAAGUACAAUAAAACUUACUGUCUUUUCAUUGUUGGUAACUCAUUGGUAUGUUAAAAGUUAUAUGUAAAAUGUGUGCAAAUAAACUAUAUGCAUUGUAGCUUGAGUAAUUUUCUUUAUGUAGAUAAUAGGAAAUACUUGAAUUGUAAAGAUUUGCCGUUACGAGUCAAUGCGCGCCUACUGUCAGCGCACUCAAGACUUUUAUUUUGGCAGGUCUAUGUGACGAGGGAGUAGGAAGUCGUUUUUGUGUGUGUGCGUCGCGGGUUACUGCGACUUGCCGUCGGUUCAUGUUUUAGGAUGGCAGGACCCCGCUGGAUCGGGUGUUGUUGAUGGCAUACACAACUCUACGUGUCAGUACGCUGAGAAUAGAGACAUGUUCGUGUUUUGUAGCUGUAAACGCGGCCACGGGAUUUAAACUGCCAUUGGACAUCGCGCAUAUUGAAGAAAACAUCAAUAUGAGGAAAUGGAAAAGAAGCUGCCAGUUUCCACACACUCCACAUCCGUACCUCAGGCAGUCUUUCAUUUUAAUUCUACUUCAGUUGAUUUAUCCUUCAGUAAUGAUAAAGCGCCUGAAUGGCAUAGCACUCCCAAAAAGAAGACACAGCCACAGACUCCUUCAUCUAGAAAGCCUUCAGCUUCAAAUCAAAUACUUUGUAACGUAACAGCUACAAAGUCACAUGACAGCGACUGUGCCAUUUCAAGCACACCUUUAGCUGGGAUUCGUGCCCCUGUCCCGGGUGGAAAAUACUUUCAGAGUUCUCCUAGUUUGUCUGAAGAUUCAGUUGUAAACCAGCAACACAGAGAGCUUCAGCUAUUGAUUGCAGAACUCAAAGACCAAGACAAAGAGUUGAAUAAUAUGUCGGAGGCACACAAGAAACAGCUGAUCGGUUGGGAGAAGGAUCGUCAGCGAAUAUUAGCCUUGGAGGAGCGAUCUGCUAAAUUAGAAAAGUUGCAUAAAAAAAAAGAAAUUAUUCAGACCCUAACUCAGCGGGUUAAGAUCACUGAAAGUCAAAAGCAGGAACUUUUGGACAAGGAGCAGAAGGCAAAUAACCAGUGCCAGAUUCUUCAGGAAACAAACCAAAGUCAAAAUUCUACUAUAAUAGAAUUGUCACGUCAAGUUGGACAAUUACAAAUGAGUGAACAAGAGCUUACAGCUUUAUUAAAAUCCAAGGAUAAAGACAUGAUAGAAGCCACUGAACAUAUUGUAAACAUGACUACAGAGAUUCAGAGGUUGGAUGCUAUGCUAAAUGAGAGCAGAAAAAGGGAAACUGACAUUAAGAUGGAGGCACAGAAAUAUAAACAGCAGCUGCGGGAAUUAAGGCAUGAAAUGAAGAGCCUAAAAGAAGAUGUAGUAGAGAAAACAUCAGAAAACAGCAGGCAAAGAGAAGAUAUCAUUCGUCUCAAACAAGAAAACCAGCUCCUGAGAAAUGAGCUCAGUUUAUUGGGUGAAAGAGAGCAAAGGAAAAAUGAACUGUUGAACCUAGCCAAGUCAAAGCAGGAUCGUACAGACUCAGAGUUGCAGUGUCUUCGUCAGGUGUGUGAAAACCAGCAAAAUGAUUUGGAGCUCCUCUACCUGAGUCUAAACUCUCAGGCAGGGUUGCAGAAGCUGGAAGCUUGGGGACGCAGUUUGAGUGACAGAAGCCAUGAUUUCAAGACACAUAGUUUGGAACUUCCCGUCAAAGGGCGGAACACACCACAAAGAGGGUCGAUCCAACAAAAUGACUCUUUUGGAUCAAAUGUUUCACUUGUAAAUGGUGACCUUAACCACAAGGGUGAUUCUCAAGAUGAAUUGUCCAGCACCCAAAACAGCCAGAUUCAACGAAUGAUAGCUGAAUCAAAACAGAUAGUAGCCAGUCUGGAGAGACACACUUCGGUGCCUGUCAGUCCAGCACACAGUUUAAGCAGCAGGGAAAGUGAAUCGCAUCUUAGGGAUCAGUCAACAGCUAGCCUUCUCAACCUGGAUGCACUUGACAUUCGUUAAGCAGAAAGGACAGAUGAGAAAUUUUGGACUCGGACCUGAACAUUCUUAGGUUUGAAACAUAGGAUAUUUCAGAAAUAAUGCAUAAUUGAAAGGCCAUGUAAUGUCACGAGUGUAAGGAGCAUACUGCUGUAAAGGCUGUCUCAGUUUAUAUUUACAUGGAAAGAAAACAACCCUGCAUUUUUUGGAAUAUAUUGAAAUACUGUCUAAAAAAGGCAAAUUGCAGACUCGCCCUGCUUUAAAGAAACUGAAUGAACGUUGCUACCAUUUGAAUGUUGUUAAUUCAUAGGCAGGUUUAAUAUACUCAUCCUUUGCUCAUUCAGGAAUAUUUAAUGUAAAAAAGCCUAAUUCUUUUUUUUAAAGCUUUUUGUUUUAUUAUUUAUUUUCACCUAGUGGGUGUUUUUCAUCUAUUGGAAAAAUAAUUACAUUUUAAUUAAUGUAACUCCAUUGUAAUUACUAAACAAAUAUACCCUUUUAAAGUAUGGUAUUUAUAAAUCAGUUUUGCUUAUAUUUAAAGGGAUAUUCCACCCAAAAAAUGUUGUGUUAUAUGUUACCCAUUCUAGUUUGUCAUGGAGGCUGAAUUGAAUACCUGCCUACCCCCUCAUUCAUUGGUCAGGAGCCCUGUCUUCAAUUCAACAGUGUGUUGAUAUAUAUAAAGCAUAUUUAAAAAAAUGUAAUUUUUUGGUGGAGUAUACUUUUAAUUUCUCUAUUAUUUAUCUGUGUAUAUAAUGAAUUCAGUUCUUUAUGGUCAAAAUGGUUUCCAGUUAAUUAAAGCUUAUGUGGACUCUACCAGUCAAGUGGCCUCAUUAAACUUGUACCCCAUUCCCUUGUACAGUACAUGCUGUGAUGUCAAGAGUUUACAGCAGGACUGCUCAGCUCAUAUAGUGGAGAUUCUUCUGAAUAAGAAUUGUAAAAGGUAUUUGCUAAUUCCUGGUUUAAUUAGACCUUUGUUUGUUCCCAUUAUUAGACUGAAUUAUUGUAAUCAAAGCAUAUUUACUUAAUGUGGAACUACUUUUACUUAUAUGUUAAGUAUUUUAACUUGCAGAACCUUACAUGAGCCAAUUCUUGAGUUUACACCUGCUGUAUGUAAAUCACUUUUAAGUGUCUAUAAUGCAGAUAGAGUGGAAGAAUAGAGCCACUUAAUCAAAUGAGUAAAUGAGUCUUUUGUUGAAAUUGUAGCACUUCAUUUAAGAUUUCUUGUUUUUUUAAAUAACCAUCAAAUAAGAACAAAAUACUAAGAACAACUUAAAUUGUAUUUAGUGCUGCUCAACUUGGUGCGUUAUUAAAACAGUUUUAUAAAAUUCCAUAUUGUAAUUUAGUUCUAAGUUAGAUGAGUGCAGAUAUUGGAUAAAUGAAAGUCUGAUUAAACCGGGGGUUCAGUUACUGCCAGGACUCCACCUCUGAACAGUACUUUGGCUAUAAAGAAGUUCAGCAGGCACUGGGAUACCUCAUAGACUGACUUGACCACCCCAGCAGUCCUAAACAUUUACUCCAGUUUUGCUUGACUUUAUAGCUCUGUACUGAAAGGGAAAACAAUUGUGUUUUUUUUUUUGUUUGUUUUUUUUAUCUUUGAAUUGUAAAGUGUACUAAUCAAUGAGAUCCCCUCUAUAAUAGGACUGUGUAAACAACUCUGACAAUUUUAAAAGGAUCUUUUACGUGAAACUAAAGAAAUAUGAUAUCCUGACAUGUAAAGACUGUUAACAGACCCUGCCUUUUUAUGUACUGUUCACAACCAUGUACAUUUCUUUUGUAGUGUAUAUGUGUGUAUAUAUUGUGUAUACAUUAUAUUUUUUAUAACAAAAAACAGGCAAUUUUGACUGUUCAUUUUACAAAUAAAUGACUUUGUUAAAAGUCUAGUGAUAAAACAUGCUUUUAAACUAAGUGAUUUUUUUAAUGUAUUUUGGAUUUUUAAGCAAAUUUAGUAAUUGUAAAAUCAGUAUUAAUAUGAAGGAAUAGGACAAGGUGAAAACUCUGUGCUAGAAAAUAAAAAUAAAAGUUGUAAAAACA